AUGGGUGCCGGCCCUGCCAUCGUAUCUGAAGGUUCUGCUUCCUACGCUCACCUUAUCGACCAGCGGCCAUGGUACAAGAACUCACGAAUUGUCCUUUUGAACUGUUUCAUACUUCUCAUGCAAGUAUCUCUGAUCGAUGAUGACUUCUCAAAACUUGACCCCAACUUUGAAGGGAGUAUGAUGAAUGGCCUGCAGUCGCUGACUCAAUGGAACGAGGCCUUCAACUAUCCCACGGGAGGACAGCUUGGGCUGCUGACCGCCAUCCAGAAUAUCGGGUCAUUAUGCGCGUACCCAUUCUCUCCCUACGUUACCGAUCACUUCGGGCGGAGGAAGGCCAUCAUCUUCGGUGCGAGUCUCAUGGUCAUCGCCACGAUCAUCCAAACUGCCAGCCAGAACGUUCGGAUGUUCAUUGGGGCUCGAUGGCUGAUCGGCUUUGGACUCACGUUCGCCGCGGGUGCAUCUCCGUUGUUGGUAACGGAGAUUGCAUACCCCUCGCAGCGUGCUCAGCUCACGUCCAUGUACAACACGAUUUGGUACCUUGGCAGUAUCAUUGCUGCGUGGACCACAUUCGGCACCUUCAACAUCCCUAACAGCUGGGCAUGGAGAGCUCCGUCUGCGCUGCAGGGUUUGCCUUCCGUCCUUCAAGUCCUGCUUCUCUGGAUGGUCCCAGAGUCUCCUCGUUGGCUCGUUGGACAAGGAAAGGAAGAAGAGGCCCUCCGUGUUCUCGCUUACUACCAUGCCAAAGGCAAUGAGCAUGACCCACUCGUGGAAUAUGAGUUUGAGGAGAUCAAGACUGCAAUCAGGAUGGACCGCGAAUCCGCAACUAACGUCGGCUGGGUGAGCUUGUUCAAGACUCCUGGGAACCGAAAGCGGGUGCGGGUCAUUGUCGCGCUCGCUUUCUUCUCGCAGUGGUCUGGUAGUGGUCUGGUCUCAUAUUACCUCAACAAGGUCUUCGAUGCUAUUGGAAUCACCGAUCCCACCACCCAGCUCUUGAUCAAUGGUAUUCUAAGUAUCUACAACUUCAUUGUAGCUGUCGCGGCUGGUUUCUGCUGCGAUAAAGUGGGAAGACGUCGCCUUUUCCUGAUUUCCUGCGCGGGGAUGGUCAUCUUCUGGACUGCCCAAACCAUUUGCUUCGCGAUCGUCCAAGAGACCGGGAAUCCAAUGGCUGGGCAUGGGGUCAUUGCGUUUAUUUGUGAGUCUGGCCUUGAGAUCCCCCCUCGCUCGGCUGAUCAAUGUUAUCAGUUCUGUGGUAUGGCGCCUAUGAUGUACAUUGCCUUUACACCCCUCAUUGUCUCCUACACGGUUGAGAUUCUGCCUUACCAAAUCCGUGCUAAGGGCUUCGUCCUGUUCAACUUUGUUUUGUCGUUGUCGUUGAUUUUCAACCAAUACGUCAACCCCAUCGCACUGGAGAAACUUCAAUGGAAGUAUUACCUCGUCUACCUGUUCUGGGAUUGUUUCGAGUUUUUCUUCUGUUGGCUCUACAUCGUCGAAACCAAGAACAAAACCUUGGAAGAAACUGCUGCGAUGUUCGAUGGGGAGGAGACCCUGGAAAAGAUCGCACAAGAGGCCGCCGUCAACGCCGGCAUUGCGCCCGUCAAUGACGAGAAGCUCGACGAGAAGGAAACUCACUCGGAGACGGAGGUUAUUGCUAUUAGCAAGUCGGCUUGA